CGCGCUGUCACAGCAGCACACCAAAACAAAAGCAAAUGCCUACCAGCCCGUACUGAUCGCCCCAUUUUCACGCGCAGCCCCCACAGAACGCCUCGAUGCGAGUACGUAGUGUGCGGGCAAACCGGAAAGCAACGAACGGAUUUAUCGGCUGGUACGGCUCGCGGAUAUCGUAACAGCCCUGGCGGUCAUCGACCGUGAGUGUACUGGUGCGGCCGGACCGAUGGAUCAACCCAAGUCCACCGGAACACGCGCCACCGGUGGCGGCGGCGGCAGCGGUGGCGGUGGUCGCGACAAACCCGACAAACAACGGCAACAACAGCAGCAGCAGCAGCAAUCCCGCAAGGACAAGAAGGAUAAGGGCGGCAAAUCGGGCGGCUCGAAGCGCAACAAAAAGAACAAGAAGGAUGCGCCGGCGCCCAUGACCCGGGUGGUGAUACGCCGCCUACCGCCCACCAUGACGGAGGCACUGUUCUGCGAGCAGAUCGCGGUCGAUGGGAAGCUGCCGGCGAACGAUGAGUUUUACUUCGUCGGGCCGGACUGGACGCUCGGGCAGAAUGCGUCGUGCCGGGCGUACAUCAACUUCACCAACCCGGCGGACAUCUUCCGGUUCACGGACAGCUACGACGGGUACACGUUCGUGGAUAGCAAGGGCAUGGAGUACCAGGCGGUGGUGGAGUACGCACCGUUCCAGGGGCCGCUGAAGGCGCGCGCCCGCAAGAAGGACCCCAAGUGUGGCACGAUCGAGAGCGACACGCACUUUAUCGCGUUCAAGGAAGCGCUCGAGAAGGAGCAGGAGGAAGCGCUGCACGGGCGGGGCACGCAGGAGUUCAGCUUUAAGAUAGAGCAAGAGGAGAAAACCACGACAACACCUUUGCUGGAGUACAUCGCACAACGGAAGCAGGAGAAGCGUGACGAGCGGCGGCGCAAGCAGGAGGAGAAACGGCGAAUGCGCGACGAGGAGCGGCACAUGCGGAAGACGCAGAUUGCCCGUGCCAUCCCGGACGCGAUACAGGAGGAGGUGUUCCAGGAGUUUAUGGAGCGGACCGCACUGCCCCGGCUGCAAGGCGCGGGAGCGAAAGCGGGUGCUGCUGGCAAGGGCGGUGGCGAUGGACGGUUUAAGGAUGAGAAGGAUAAAAAGUCGAAGAAUAAGAAGGAGCGCAAUCGGGAAAAGAAGGGCGAGGGAUCGCUGGAAGGGGAGAAGGUAGUGAUCAUGAAGAAGCAGGAUCGCGAUAAACAGCAGGAGCAGCGUGGCGGUAAGAAGGAGAAGCAAAAGCAGGGCAAGGAAGAGAACCGCUUCCGGGAGCAGAAUCAGCAGCAGAAAGGAGGAGGUGGAGGGGGAGGAGGAGAGAGAAAUGAAAAGUCAAAAAAGGAUAAAGCAGCUUCCGGUGGUGUCAGUGAGCAACCGACCACGUCCAAAGCCGCCAGCAGCACCACCAACGCCGCGGGAACGAUUCUCGCCAGUGGCACCACUACCACCACUACCACCGCCAAUAACAACAGCAAAAAGGAGGUAAAGAAGUACAGCGAACGGCGCAAGGAAACGCGUGCCCGUGCCGAGACGCGGUUCGCCGAGCAGGACAGCGGUAAGAGCGAGCCGGCACCACCCUCCAAAGAGGCAGCGGCCACCGACCAGAAAGCGGGAGGGGAGGUGAAGAAAACCAUACUCACCGCCAACGUACCACCGUUCGUACCGAAGGAGAAGAAACCCACCGGCGGGCAGGGAUCGCCCCUCGCCGAUCGUAGUGCCGACCUGCCGGACAAGAUGGCCAAACUGUCGAUCGAAAAGCAACGGGCGGCCGACAGUGGGAAAAACUCCCCGGACGCUGGUCGGUCGAACUCGGCCGGAAAGCUGUCGGAAAAGCAGCGGGAAGCCAGAGAGGCACGCAAAAUCCGCAACAAGGAUCGACCGUCGAUCGAAAUCUAUCAACCGCGCAAGCGGAUAGUGUCCGGUGGGGCCGGUGGCGGCAAGAGCGAGGACGAUCGGGGCCGAAGCGAUUCGGACCGACCGUCGGACAAUGUGUCCGCUUCGGCAUCGGCCGGAGGAGCGGCCGCUGAGUCGGGUGACGGGGCGGUCAAGGAUCGGCGCCAUAAGCUCACGAAGAAAGCUUCCGAUCGGCCGCAGCGGGAGAGGAAAAAUGGACGCAAAAACUCGAUCGAUGCGGAUGGUGCGAAGGAACAGGUGGUGGCCGGCAGCAGUGCAGUGCCGUAGUGUCGCCCACUUUCCUUACAACCUAAGCGGUUGAAGAGAGGAAAACAGCUUGAAAAGGCUAAUAGUAAUCCUUUCCGUUUUGCGUGUUGCUGAUUCUGUUUGUUUGCUGGACGCAAUAAAAAAACACAUGGAACGCGAAACACACGUGUUCCGAAAAUUGUC